CUAGAUUUUACAUAAGUUCUUAAGAAACACGCUAAUUGGUAUCAUGUCUGGUCGUGUUGGAAUACUUACCGAGUUUAAUUACGAAGAUCUUGAGUUGUGGUACCCGUACUACCGGCUACGAGAGGAGGGUUAUGAUACGUUCACAAUAGGGCCAGAGAAAGGGAAGACGUACAACUCCAAGCAUGGCUACCCUUGUAAGGCUGAGGAAGGCAUCGACAAUGUAAAUGCGGAGGACUUGGCUGGCCUGAUCAUACCCGGGGGGUUUGCGCCUGACUACUGGAGGAGGGACAAACGCUUCCUGGAUCUCGUCAAGGCUGUCUAUCAGUCAGGAAAACCGAUCGCAGCCAUAUGUCAUGGUGCAUGGAUGUUCUGUUCUGCUAAGAUUCUGAAGGACAAGAAAAUCACGUGCUUUGUUGCAAUUAAAGACGAUGUAGAGAACGCUGGGGCUUUGUACGAGGAUUCGCCUGUGGUGGUGGACGGAAACAUGAUUACAUCACGACUCCCAAAGGAUUUACCAGAUUUCUGUAAAGCCAUCAUAAGUCAGCUCAAAAAGCAGCUUUAGCACUUCUGCGAGAACAAUUUAUGUAUCUGGUUACCUAUCACUAUCCAUUAACAUCAUCAAUUAUACAUCAAUUAAGAUCCGGAAAACAUCCUCGGCCAUUGGUGUACAUUUCAUAAAGCUUAUUAAUGACCUCAACCAAAUGGCUAGUUAAAGGUAUAUAUUUGUGGAUAACAAAUGCUCGUAAAAUGCGAAUAAAAUAUUUGAAAACGCA